AUGUGGGCCUGUCUCAACGACCUCUGGCGUAUCAUCCAUGCUUGGCUGUCGGAUGUAGUGGGCCAAGGGCCCAAGCAAAACAUCAUCUUCCUCGGCGACAUUGUCGAUCGGGGCGACCGCCAACUCGAAUGCUUGAUCCUGAUUAUGGCAUACAAGACUCUCUUCCCCGAACAGGUGUUCAUCCUUCGUGGAAAUCACGAAGAAGGCGAGAUUAAUAUGAAGGAUUUCCAACAAUUCGCCACAAGUGUCGCGGUGCCCGUCUGUUGGCCGCCCUGGACUGGU